GAGGCUGUUCAAACACGUGUUGUACAGCAGGAGUAAUAUGGUGGUGCCAGGUAGCCCGAACAUGGGUACGGAACAGCAAAAUGUGAAGGGUGCCCGCAAACAUCAACACCAGGCUGCUGCCUCUCGGGGUAUCCUGCAGCAGAACCGACAGUUUCUCGACUUCUUUUGGGACAUCGCCAAGCCAGAUCAAGAUGUUAGGUUGGCGGCCACAGAGAACCUCAUCCAGUACCUGAAAUCCAGUGAGAAAGAGGAUGAAAUGAAAUAUACUUUAAAGAGGCUGGUUGAAGGAUUGGCAGCAACACGUGAGGCCGCACGUCCCGGCUUCAGCUUGGCUUUAGCUCAGGUUCUACAAUGUUUUGAAGACAUAUCACUAUCAACUGUUUUGGAGCAUAUCUACGAAAAGCAUAAUCUUCAGAAAGUGAAAAAGAAAAUGAUAAGAAAUGCCGUCUUUGGGAAUUUCUUUGGUGUGCUUUCCUUGUUUCAGUCUGGUCGUCUUGCUAAGGAAACAAGUGUGCUGUUACAGUGUGUGCAGCUUUUGCAGAACCUGGCUCACUACAGGGAACAUCUGAAAGAUCUACCCAGAAAAACCUUAGUGGAUAUUCUGUCAGAGAUUCCAGAGUCUACUUUUGAAGAAGUGUUGUUUGGGGCCCUUCAGGCUGAUCUGACUGAUGCUUUUAGUACCCCGGAGCAGCUACAUCUCCUUCUGGUUGGCAUGCAGAAGUUUCCUGGAGUCCUAAAACCAAAAAAAUUAAAGAAGUUACUGGGCUCAACCACUGUUAUUUGCUAUGAAAACAUACCCAAAUUGGUGGAACUCUUAAAAAUUGCUGCCAAGUCUGUGAAGAAGGAGCGUCUCUUACCAGGGGUGGCUCUGGAUGUGAUGCGCAUUUCACUGAAGGAGGAUGCUUUUCUUUUGUUUUGGAGUGAUGUUGUGGACAAUGGGCUCCUGAGGGACCAGUCGGGUCCAUGCAAUUUUAUGUGCUACAGAUUGCUGGGUGCUGCUUUACCUUUGUUGGAUCUGGAUCAGUUGCAGACUAUCAUUCGGGGGGAAGUUAUGCUGCAAUAUGGCCUCCAUGUGGUUUCUGCUCAGCCUGCAGAUCGCUUUAAGUUUGCCCCAGAGAUGGAGACCUAUGUUGACUCUUUUAUGGAGCAAUGUGAUGAUUCUGAGAAGCAACUGGCAGUGUUAAUUGGUUUCACAUCACUUACUAAUCAAGGCUACCCAGUAAUACCCAGCGCCUGGAAGGUGAUAAGACAUUUAAAGCCUGAUACGCUGCAGAAAUACAUUGACUGGUUGAAAGGCAUGUUUAUCACACCUGAUUUGGAGUCAUGUCUGGAUUUUAGUACCAGGAGACAGAAAGAACACCAGGGGGAGGAGAAAUCGACUGAGUAUGUUGUGUUUCGUUUACGAAAAUGGCUUAUCCCUCGUCUUACUAGCAUUAUUGAAAACUCACAAGUGAAACGUGAUGAGGCUCAGGUGAUGGAUAUUGCCCGGUUUAUGUUCUUCCAUGCUUUCUUUGAGACUAAGAAACCAGCCUCUGACAUUCCAGAAACGGAGUGCUCUUUCUCUGUGCCUCUUGAUGACAAAACAAGAGCAAUGAUAGCUGACGCCUUCUUUAGCCUGUUGCUUAACCUAAACUGCAUGCCGGUUUUGGGGAGCAGUGCUGACUCUGCUGCUCAGAAGGAGAAGCACGUGGUGGGAAUUACUGCAGAUGGCACGCUGUGGAUACAACACAUGGUCAACUUUGCCAGUAGUUUGUUGUCAAAAGGAAAGGUGGUUAAAGCUUUCAGACCAUUCAGCGAAGAGGAGAAGGAAGCGUGGGAUAGGAUGCUUCAGUAUGUGGAAGAUCUUCAAAAGAAAACAAAAAAAUCUCAUAGUAUGGAGCUGUCUGCCUAUCGGCAGUUGCUUCUGUUAGUUGGAAUCCACCUCUUUAAGACUCCUGAGGAAAGUGUGGAUCUUCUGAGUGAUAUUCAUAAUUGUCUGGAGAAAGCUCAGAGCAAGAAAGGAAAAAAGAAAAACAAUGAUGAAGAGCCUGAGUGGGUGGAGGUGAUGGUGGAAAUCCUUCUGUCUCUCUUCUCUCAACCAAGCAGACUCUUCCGGCUAGUCUCUAGAAACGUUUUUAAAAUGAUAAGUCAACACGUAACAAAAAAUGCUCUUCGACUGAUUUUGAAUGUUCUUGAUCCAGAAGAAGAUGAAAAUGAGGAAAGUGCUGUUGUAGUAACUGAUGACAAGAAACCAAAGCAAUCUGCUGAUAAGGAGAAUGAUGAAGAGAACAGCUUAGAUGAGGACAGUUCCAGUGACGAAGAUGAGGCAGAUGAUGAAAUGAAAGGAAGUGAGGAUGAAGAGGAGGUUGUUGAUGAAAAUGCAAAUGAGCUCUUUCGCAAGCAACUGAUGGAUGUUUUAAGCGGUAGCAAUACUAUGGGAGAGGACAGUGAUAAUGAUGACUUGGAUGACGAGGCAAUGAUGGCUCUUGAUGAAAAUAUUGCAUCACUGUUUGCUGAACAGAAGAAGCGGAUUCAGGCCAAAAAAGAUGAGAAAGCUAGAAUCAGGGUUGAGAAAAUUCUUCGCAAGGAGUUCAAGACAAAGGUGUUGGACCUGGUUGAAAUAUUUGUGAAAAAGCAGCCUGAAAGUCCGUUGGUGUUUGAUGUCAUUGAGCCGUUGAUUUCUGUGAUUGAGCAAAUUAUGAACCGAGAUUCCAGUCAGCAAGAUCAGGAUUUCCUCAGAAAAACUGCAGACAUUUUUAUGAAUGAUUUGUGUAAAGCCAAACGGUAUUGUAAAGAUGUUUCUGAGCUAAAGGAGGAUUUGCAAGCUAUGCUGGACCGGCUAAUAAAAAGAGCUUGCAAACAGCAUGAUUCCUCUGUGGCUUUAUACUGUUUCAGUGCUUCGUUGUACCUGUUUAAAGUAUUAAAGAACUGCACUACUGGUAAUAUGGAACAGGACCUGAAGAAAUCCGGUGAAGGAGACGUAUCUCAACAGACAGAGUGUAUGGGCUGCCUUGAUCUUCAGAGGGUAACUUCUCUCUAUAGGGAGGCACUGAACGUGUUCAUGACUAAGAGGAACAGUCCUCUGACUGCAGCCAUGUUUAAUGAUUUAUUUACUCGCUUCCCUUUUAUGUGUAAACCGUUGCUGGGUAUAAUAACCAAGUCUGUGAAAGACGGAGCCAGGCAGCAUCAGCAGGGUCAGGCAUGUACUCUUCUUUUGAAAGUUCUGCAAACCCCCAACCUGAAGCAGACAAUGUCUGCAACUGAAUGGAACGAUUUAAUCAAAGACAGCGUUAGUCAGAUUAUGGCGACAUUGCAAGCUAUGAGUGAGAUCAAACUGAAAAUUGACCAGCAGAAAGUAAUCAAGUGUUUUGAGCUGCUGAGCUACUUGAUAAAAAUAAUCACACAGCAGAAGCUGGAUAUUAACCUCACCGAGCUGCAUCCAGUUCUCCAAACAUUUAGUCAGAGCAAAGGCUUUGGAAAAUCUGUCCGAAUUGAAGACAUGUUUUGGAAUGUGAUGAAGCUUCUUGGAUUUACGCGACCUAAAAAAGAGAAGAGCAAAGUUGAGGCAGAAGCUGCACCCGAGAACACUGUCACAAAGAAAAAGAAAGGAUUUCUACCCGAGACUAAGAAACGUAAGAAUCGCAAGAAGCCAGCACCUGAUCAGCAGAAGGCGAAUGGCAUGGAGAACAAACUGGAGAGCUCUGAUGGCCAGCAGCAACUUGCUAAAAAGUCUAAAAAGAAAAAGAAGAAUAAAAGAAAAGCUGGACAACAUCCAGGCACUGGGCAGGAUAGUUUAGCUGAACAGUUACCACCAAGUAAGAAAGCCAAACCCAAUGCGGAUAAGAAAAAAGAAAGUGAAGUCACACAAACAAACAAAGCAAAGAAGAAAAAGAAGUCUAAGAAUGCACAAUCUGAUUAAAUAUAUGGACAUGUCCUUAUUGCGUGUACUUGAUGACCAUGUUUUAUGCAAGCGUUGUACAGUAUGUGAGAUUUUUAUUUUGUAACAUUUUGUUUUCCUUUGUUUAUAAGAAGAAAAAGGGAAAAAAAUAGAUGAUAUUGAUAUUUUCAUAAAACAAAAUGAAAUCAACUACACAAAGAUGUGUACACAUGUAUACAGAAAGAGAAGCGCCCAGGGUCAUAAUACAAAUGCUUGUGUACAUCCCUACAAUAUUUUCUAAAUACUUAGGAUAAUUUAAUGGGAUGUGAGUUAUCUCGACAAGAUAAUUUGAAUUCAGUUGUUAGCUUGGUGAUUGAUGAAUGAUUUUGUUUCCUUGUGGUAUUGUGCUUAGUCAUGCUGACUAGACUAGGUAGAAAAUCCCAAAAGCCUUCAGGGUGACUCUCCUCAUAUAUACAUCAUUUUCUGCACCUCAUUUAUAGGGCCCAUUCUCCAAAGCAUUGUUUUUCUUGUGAAAUGUAUCUUAAGGGGAGCUCAAUAACAUCCUUUAUGUGAAGGCUAGAUCUUUCAGUAUAUUGCUCAGUAAAAUAAGAUGUAGUUUUCUCUCCAUGCCAGCAUGUUUUGGAGAAUCAGGCCCAAAGUUUAAAUCAAGGUUUCUCUGUUUAUACAAAACUGCAAUUUUCCUACAUUGGAAUGGCAAGCCCAACACUGAAAGCAAUAAUAAAGUAUGACAUAUGUAUAACAUUAUCAUUUCGGUAUGUGCUCAGAUUUAGUUCAGACAGGAUUCUAAACACUUUGGUCAAAUCAUGCAGUUGUUUUGUAUUGCCUUUCAUCUGUCAUCUGGUGCAGGUAAAUAUAUUAUUAAAUAUAUUAAUAAUUCCUCUGUAUUUUGGCUGAGGUGGACUCUAAUAGGGUUAGUGUGCUCUGUUUGCCAGGCUACUUCAGCUGAAAAACAAAUGAAAAAAAGUCUAGAUUAAGUAUAGAAAACAAUUGAAUAAAAUAGAAAGAGCGGUCCUCUAAACCCUCUCGGAAUCUAUAAGUGGUGAUAAUGCAUAUUCAGUGCACUAAAAAGAGCUACAUUUAUACUUAACAAUAGACUGGUUCAGUUGAAUCUUUCAAAUAACAGGGUAUCUUACUGACAUAUGGCUGUAGAAAAGAAUCUAUAUAUUUGGGACAGGUUCGAUAUUAAGGACCCAAUACCAGAAAUAAUAGGUCUUCCUGGGGGUCUAUCAGGGAUUUUUGCACAAUAUCUGGUCGUUACUGCAUAAAAAGGAAAGCCUUUUUCACUUGGAAAGCUGUGUUUAAGCAAAUCUGAUUUUGUAAAAGUUAUAUUUUGAUUUAGUAUUAUGUAUGUAUUUUAUCUUUUAUGAAAUACCUCUGUGUUUUAUUUCAAUUUAAUUUUUAAACUGAUGAAUUAUAGUUAUCACAUUAUACAUACUUACAUAUAAUAUAUAUAUAUAUAUGAGCCAGUCUAUUGAGUAUAUACAUUUAGCUCUUUUUAGCACACUGAAUAUACAUUGUUAUCACCACUUUACUUCAGCUGAAAGGCAGUUUAAGUACUAUUGUGCUGCUGUUUCAAAAGAAACUGUUCAUGUAGAUUCUGAGGCUUCCCCUAACCUACAAGAUGUUAAAUAGACAUUAAACUCAGACAUUCCCCAUAAAUAAAUACAAUUAAUGAAAAUAAAAGCAUCGUAAUACCCAUUCAUUAGUUUAGUGAUUCCUUAGAGCAGUACACAAACUCAUUUACAACUAGCAAUGAUUGGCCACAAGAAGAAGAAGAUAAAUGUACCAGAUGAUUAUUCCUGAUUUGGAAAACAUUAUUUUAACUAAGUGACUGUUUUGAAUGCUUUUAAGAUAUUUAUUUUGUAUGUAGAUCUUUUGCAGUUCAGUGUUUGUUUGCUGGUCUAAACUGUUCAUAGAUUUUUACAUUUUAAAGACGAAAUAACUUGGAUUUUUGUGUCUAAUAAAUUUAAGCCAUCCUGAA